UCAGACACCUUAGGGUCAUUGUUUAUGUCUGCUCAUGAGACUUCUGACAGCGCGACAACUGUAGAAGAUAGAGAAAUACGCAUCUGAUCCCAAGCGCUCCUGUUUCUGCUUGAAAGAGUUCACCUUCAGGACGCUGUUCUGCAGAGAAGACCAAAAACCUUGUGGAUUUUUUUAGCUUUUGCGAGCAAAGAAUUCCUGUCUAGAUCUUUGAAGAACCAGCCGCCACCAUUUCACCUCCAACAGUCAUGUACAGCUCCAGCUACUCCCAGGCCAAGUAUGGCCGGGAGGCGAGGGAGCCCCCGCACAGGGCCAAAGGAAAGAGCUGCGGGUACUACAUGAGGAUUAUCUUCCUUUUCUCCUCUUUGAUCCAGUCUCUGAUCAUCGUCAGCCUGGUGCUCUUCCUCAUCUAUGGACAGCCAGAGAAAUCUGCAUUGGAGAAGAAGGUUGAGGACAUGGAGCAGAGCUUCAACAAGCUCAGUGAGAACAACGUCCAGCUGAGGAAGGAUAAAAGUGAGCUGGGGGCUCAGCUGAAAGCUCGCACAGCUGAGAAAGCUGCUCUGGAGAAAGAGAUGGAGAAGCUGAAGACUCAGGCCAACAGCACGCAGCUGGAGCUCAAGACUAGAUUAACGAGCUGCAUGACAGCAGCUGCAAUGAAACGGUGCCCCACAAUUCCAAUCCAGACCAGUGGCAGCAAUGAACUAAAGACGUGUCAAAGCCUCAACGCUCAGCAGAGUGCUAUGAUAAGUCUGAUCGAAGCAAACUUCACUCAGAUGGUCAAUUAUCUGAGACAGGAGAGAGACAACGCCCUCAAAGUCAGAGACGCACAGUUCCAGGAAGCCAUUACCCUGCGCAGGGAGACCACCAUGGUCAAGGAGCAGCUCUCCACCUACACCAGGAAAUGCAAACAGGACUUUGCAGAGUCGUUGAACGGGAUCCAGACGGUGACCCGGGAUUUCCUAAACCGGAUCAAUAACAUGUUUCCCCACCAGCUGACCUUUCACCUCACCUGUGACAGUCAGAGGGAGCAAAUGGAGAAAAUCAAAAACAGCUGCACCAACCUGUCCAGGGAUGUGGAAAACAAGUUCCAGGUGUAUUUGGACAAUGUGGGCAACAAGGUGGCAGAGAUCCAGGCCCUGUCCAGCCGACUGGAGGUGCAAAACUCCCACCUGACGUCCGACUGGCAGCAGUGUGAACGCAGUCGCAAUCAAACGAUCGCGGAGACCACCAGGCAGCUGCAGCUCAAGCAAGUCGCGCACGACGACCAGAUGGAGAAGUUGCUGUCUGAGAAAAGCCGGCUGAGGACAGAGAAGGAGCUGGUGGAAGAACGUCUGGCGCUGAAGGAGAAAGAACUGCAGAGCCUCCGGGGAGCACAGGGCGCUCAGCCCAGUUCCAGGUCCGGCGUCCUCUCUGGCUUUAAACCUGGCAUCUCAACAGGCUUCACCUCGCGGAACAGUGGAGAAACUGAAUCAGGCAAAAGUCAGAAGACGAGAUGAAAUGAACUGGCUGAGUAAAAAGUGAAGGAACACCGCUUCAGAGUCUUCUUAUGGUUAUCAUCUUCUGACGACAUGUACAUAUUCCUGAUAUUACGCCCUACGACCUGUAAAUACUGUGAUUCUAUGUUAACGACAUAUUCUACACACCUUGCGUUUACUUUGCUGUCAGUCUUUGUCUCUGUAUACUCAGGUAAAUGUAAAAAAUUUCCAUGAUGCUGGUGUAAAUAUCUUGUGUCAUUUGUUUUUACGACUAUGGAAUAAAAAGGUCAACGAA